GGUGGUGGUGGUGGAUGUUGGCGACGACGAAACAGGAGGAGGAAUAAUGUCGCUGUCUCUGUUUUGACCCGGCUCCAUUUUCCCCAGAGAGACGGAAAGGAUAAAGAAGGAGAGAAAGUGAGAAAGAAAGCAGACAUGGCCGAGGCACGGUCCGAAGAAGAGGAGGAAAACAUGAUGAGGGACACCCGGGAACAAGUGGUCCGACGACAGCCGAACAGCUCCGGAGGUCGUCCUGACAGACGAAAGCCAGAGCAUCGUCACAGCCAGGGUCCCCUCUCGUCCAUCAGAGCUGCCAUCAAGAGAACGUCCACCAGGUCGACUUCUCUCUCGGAGACGUCCAGAGACAGAGAGCGAGACAGAGACAGAGAAAGAGACAGAGAAAGAGACAGGAGGCGACCAGAGAUCACCAUCCUGUCUGCAGAGCCGCUGGCCUCCACGUCCUGGUUCCCAGGGGCCUCUGGAGGAUUCCCACCUCCCCCUCCUCCUGCCGCACAGAUCUGGGGACCCACAAUCCCUCCGUCCAUACAGCCUCCUCCUUCCUAUGAGGAGGUGAUCAGAGAGAAGACACAGGAGCAGGGUCUCCUGCCUUCUUCUUCCUCCUGCUCCUCGUCAUCCUCGCCACGUCCAGUUUCCACAAUAACCAUCGCCACACAGACUGACCCAGCGUCUGCUCCCGACCCCGAGGACGCACCGGAGAGAAGACCGGUGAGACCACCACGACCACGACUGCCUCUCUCCUACCCUCCCAAGUCGUCUCACAUUGAUGACAUCACCGCCAGCCAAUCAACACUCACCUCCAUUAGCAGUGACAGUAUCGACACACACGCCUCCUCCCCUGUGACCUCAACCACCAGUGCUCAAACUGACCAAUGGGAUCAGGCUUCAGCUGCUGUUGACACGGCAACUACAUCCACGGCGUCUUCUCAGGCCCAGUUGCAGCGUCCACGCCCGCGGCCUCGUACUAAGAUCGGAGUCCAGCCAAUCAGCAACGAGGUCAAAGUUCAGACUUUGGUGAAACUCCGUGAGGACGGUUUGGCCACGCUAGCCGCCCGCACAGAAGCCGACACCGCCAACCAGGAAGUGAGUCAGGGGAAGUACCUGCAGGAGCUGCUCGAGGCCUUCAGCUCAGACGACUGGGGCUUCCCUGAUCGCCGCAGCGACAGCAGCGGGCACAGCCAAUCAGAAAGUGAGGAAGAGGACGGCGAGGACAUGGCGACUCUGAAGGCGAGGAUACAAGCCUUCGAGCAGCAGCAGCAGCAGGUGGCUGAUGGGAGCUGCGGGGACGCUAACAACAGAGACUUUGUUGUCACAAAGAGACCUGAACCCCGGCCGCGCCCUCGUCUCCAGGGCCAACCAGCCAAAUCUGCCCCUCCCAUCGUUGCACCAAAACCCAAAAACUUUUCACAUGCUCCGAAACCAUCCAGCAAGGUAUUCUGGGAAGAUGGUGGUUUGGCGGCGGCGGUGGCGCCAGCAGACUCGGGUGGCGCAGAGACUCUGAAAAUAACUGAACCCCCGUCUGAAGACUUGAACCCUAAACCUGCUACAGAACCAGCACCUUCCUGUGCCCCGAAACCUGCUCCAGCUUCGACGCCCCCACCCCCCAGAACCACGGAAAAACCUUCACUCACGCCAAAACCCCAGUCUGCUCCAGACACCCUCCCAGCCGGUAACCCCGCCCCCGUCCCGGCGCCCAGGCCCCCUCCUCCCAAACACACCUCCUCUCUCAGUGACGCUCCCUCCCCAGCCAACCCCAAACCCCCACCCAGACCUCCAGUCGCCCCUAGGGCCAGCGCUGGAGCACCACCCCAGGAUAAGAGCACCGCAGCUGGACACACCACCCCGACUCUGCCCCCGAGACCCACAGUGGAGGUCGGCAGUGGAGCACAGACAGAGACAGGAAGUGACGAGACGCAGGACGCUGUGAACCAAGUUGUGAAAGGAGGAAGUUUCCGUCCAGGCAUCCCGACCAAACCAGCAGCGCUGACCUCCCCACGCAGAGCCAGUGCUCCAAAUCUGGCUCCCAAACCCACAGGACUCUCAACAACGCCUCCAGAUCCAAACCCAGUCCCCGCCAAACCUGCAGCUGCUCCAGCUACAACCUCCAAACCAUCAGGACCGGCCGCCGCCGCUCCAGUCCCAACCAAACCUCCAGCUCUGACUCCAGCUCCGGCUCCGGCUCUGAGGAAAGGCCCUGUGAUCCAGACCAAAGCUGAAACCGAAAGCACUGCUAACCCAAAGUCCUCAGACCCUCCUCUUCCUCCACGGCCUUCAAGUGGAAAGUUCCUCCCACUUCGUCCUCCACCAAUCAAAUCCAUCCCUGGGCGACCACCGCCUCCAGCCGUCACCUCGACUCCCUCAGCCAAUCCGACCCCUCCCCCUCCUUCCAAAACCGGUCCCGCUCCCUCUGUCUCACCUGUCGGCCAGUCUGCACCUUCACAGACCACGCCUCCUUCUCCUCCAUCUGUAACGGCCAAUCAGCUGCAGGCUCAGAGGGCACCGAAGAGAGGACCGCCUCUGCCCCCCCGGCCUAAACCUGGACAUCCUCUCUAUAACAGCUACACGAAACAGGAAGUCCUGAUUGUCCUGGACGACCCCAGCCCGGCUCCCUCAGAGCAUCAAACCCCCGUCGCCCCCGUCAUCAGCCCCUCACAGUGUCUUCUGGACCUGGACACCCCACCAGAGCCGCUCCCGGAUCAGGACCGCCAGUCAAAAUCUGCCCUGGAGGAGCUCGGCCUAUCAGAGUCCCAGUCGAUCCUCCCUGUGCAGCCCGCUGAACAGAAGGAGCAGCCAGACCCUCCCCCUGUCAGCGGUCCCCGGUGCAUCGCCCUGUUCGACUACGAGGGCGAGGAGGAGGACGAGCUCACCUUCUCCCAGGGUGAUGUCAUCGCCCUGCUCGAGCUCAUGGGGCAGGAGUGGGGGCGGGGCCAGAUCCACGGCCGGGUGGGAGUGUUCCCCCUGAACUUCGCUGAGGUGGUGGAGCCGCUUCCGCAGCCGCCGCCGCCGCCAUCGCCAGGGGAGACGACAAAAAGUACGUCGGUGGACACGGCAGUGAUAGAAAGUUCUGAACCAAAGACUGUGCAGGACCCAAACCCAGAGGCAGAGGAGUGGGCUGUGGCUGUGUUUGACUUCCCCGGUCAGACUGCAGAGGAUCUGUCUUUCCACAAGGGGGCGGUGAUCCGAGUGACGGAGCACGUCGACGCUGAAUGGAGGAGAGGAAGACUGGAGGGGAGGGAGGGGCUCUACCCCGCUGCCUUCACACAGCCCUACCAGGUCCCAGACCAGCAGUGGGCAGGUAAAGGAGCGGCCAAGGCUCUGUUUGACUUCACAGCAGAGGGCGAGGACGAGCUGUCACUAAAGGUCGGUGACAUCAUGACACAGGUGGAGCCUGUGGAUGAGCAGUGGAUUUUGGGAGUUGUGGGCGGGAAGCGUGGGAUUGUGCCUAAAAACUACAUUUCACUUCUCUGACGAGGAAAUCCUGAAACGGCCUGAGAGCGACUUUCUUUUAUCGUCUGUUAAAACAGGUUCCGGUUUUGAACCGGCAACCUCCCGACCUGCCGACGCCGCGGAGCGUUUCCUGCGCUGACGAGGAACGCGCACACGAAUCUGAACAUUCACAUUUUGAAGCAGUUUUUUAAUGAAACAAAAGCAGCUCGGUCGGUUUUUAUUGGUAAUUUUGUUAUUGAUCUGGACUCUGACAUGUCAUCGGAUUGACAACCCUGACCUGACGUCGCCAUGGCAACUGAGACCUAUGAUGACAAAGAACAGGAUGGACCUGUGCUGCCUUGACGACGGAGGAAAACUGAUGUCGAUGACGUUGAGUUUAGUCUCAGCUUCCUGUCAUGUUGUGACGUUUUUGUGGGACUGGAUUUGACUCUUUUGGAUUUGACUCUUUUGGAUUUGACUCUUUUGGAUUUGACUCUUUUGGAUUUGACCGGGACGUGGACUCGAACCCUGAAGCUCCUGCUCGUGACAGUUUUAGCUCUGCGCUCGUGUGAAAUCGAUCGGUGUGAUGGGACAUAAAGGAAAAACACACGGCUGGACAUCUGCUUUUUAGACGACUUCAGCUUUGCCUCUUUGUAUCUGUUACAGAUGUUUAACAAAAGUUUUUAUGGUGUCCGUGGAAACAGCAUCCGAACUGGAAGCCCUCAGCUCCGCAGGAGGAUUAAUUCACUUUAAGUAACUCAGUUAAAACCUAGAACUACAUUUAUCUUUAACAUAGUGAACCGUGCCGAGCGUUAAUUCUCCUCCAGAGCCGGAGGAGAUCAGGAAACUGAAUUAAAGCUCCACAUUAAUUCAUUCAGUUUUCAGAUGAACGACUGCGAGUUCGGGCUUUUCAAUAGUUAAUCUGUCCGUGGAGCGGCGGCGAGGCGAGUGUGAGCUGCAGGCAGGAUGUUGCUGUGCGACCUGAGUGACGCUUGGUGCUGUUAUAUAAUAUUUUAAACUUGUAGAGCAAAAAAUUUUUCCUCUUUUGAGACAAAUUAUUAGGAAAUUUUCAUUGAAAUGUUUUGUUUUGUUUGGCGACACUGGUAGGUUCCUGUAGCUAUUUAUAAAAGACUGUUGCACAUUUCUCAUUGGAGAAACUUUUUAGAAAUGUUUCACAUUCCCGAAGCUUUGAAGUUUUAACCGGAUCAUUUAAAAAAGAAAACACUACGACUGGUUUUCAUCUGUCGUCACUGCUGAUCAAAGCUUUUCUAACAGUGAGACUCAACACGUCGCACAAGAUCCAAAAAUACUUUAAAAGCACUUUAAAAGUAUUUUUGAAAACAGUUGGCAUUAAAGUAAAAUAAAUACACGUAAUUCCGUAUUUAAACUUGCAGUUAAAUCUCGACACUAAGCGCGAGCAGCUCAGUAAACGACAAAAACACAAAAGGUCAUGAAACUCAACCGUGCACCACGAACCUUUUCUAAAUCCCUUCUGGUACUUAAACAUGUUCAUGGUUUAUUACAGUCAGGCUUUAAAUGUCGCGCUCCUCUUGCUUCCUGCAGUUAAACGGUGUGUGUGAGGUGGUUUUGAACGCGCUCUGUGCCAACAACAGGAAGUGUGUCUGUCACAACGUUAGCGACGGUGCGGCUCUGGAUGUGAUUUUAAAAACAUAUCAACAUAUCAGUCCUCACGUGUUCCUUCACAUUUCCUCCUCACGUUUCCUUCCUCUUAAAAAAAAAAACGGCAUCUCUCAUUUCUAGACUGAAAAUGAGUCGCAUUCAUCAACUGAAGUGUUUUUAUUUUCUUUGAAGAUAAAAGAUGGAUGAUUUUCUCUUAAUGUGCUGUCAACAAAUUAGCAGUGAUGAUGAAUUCCUCUUAUUAAAUUAAAGAUUUUAGUUGUUUGUCACUUGAAGGUCUUAAAAAUGUACUAACUUUUUACAUUAUUCAGUUAUUAUUUAUUAUCUUUUCCAUUUAAUUUUGAAAGUCUUGACGGCAGUGUUAAACAUAGAUUUACAAAAUAAAAUGCAGCCAGAUGACAGUGAAGUUGUAUUAUAGUAGAUGGUGCUUGGUUGUCCACUUCUUUUUAAAUUGCUAUAUGUGGAGUCCUGAAGAUAAAAAUAAUGUGACGUGAUUAUUUUGUCAAGAUGUUGAUUUACUAGAGAAACUUUUCUGACAGUUUAUUUUAAAUCUAAAUGGUCAGUGAUGGUCAGAGCUCCUGAAGCGUAAUAAGAUCAUGUAAAAUGCGUCGUAAAAAAAUUCACAACACAAAUCAUGCAGUUAUUGUAAUUUGACAGUAAUGAAAGACGUGUGGGGAAAUGUUCCACAGUUAGAGACAGAAGAUGCUUUCACUGUCCUCUGCACCCUGCAGACACUCGCAUUCAGCCGUCUGUUACAAUAAUCCUCACCAGACAAUCGAGCCAGUGCAUCCAAGUGCAAACAGUUCAUUGUUCACUGAAGAAAACCUUUCAGCAUCCAUCCAUCCAUCCAUCCAUCCAUCCAUCCAUCCAUCCAUCCAUCCAUCCAUCCAUCCAUCCAUCUUCACGACUAAUUUGGUGUCAACUCGCUAAAGAGAAAAUCUUCCAUGUGGCAUCUAUUGGACUGAUUGUGCACCAAUGUAAUGACUGUAACACUAGUGUGUGUGUGUGUGUGUGUGUGUAUGUGUGUGUGUGUGUGUGUCUAUAAAUGUGAGUGCGACAGAAACUGAGAGAUUUAUAAAUCGCUUUCUAACAGAUAUUUUAUGUAUAACCAAACAUUCCGACUUUUUAAUCCAAAUAAAACUUUGAGGCAUUUCAAUAAUUCUUUUCUUUGGUUUUUACUUUUUGGUUUUUUGUACAACUGACAAAUCUGACUCAAUAAACUUUA